CGGAACGCAACCGUUUUUACACCGCCUACAUAGUUGAACGUUGAAGACUUGAAGCUCGCUCUAACACGUCGUCUUCCCCAUUCAUCUUUCAUUUUUCCCAUUUGACUUUGCCCAAAUUUCGCCCUAAAACCCUUCUGGUACGCCAUUUCCCCGCGUAUAGAUCACACGGCAUUCAAUUUCCUCCCUGUGAAGAAUUAAGGCUUCAUCAUGGACGCAGUCGCAGGCUCUUCCGUCGUUUCCAAAGCCAACCUCCGCAAUUUCGGAACUGGAGUUUCUUCCUCAUCCUUUUCCACUAAGAUUAGAUUGAUUCCUACCGUCGACCUCCCAGUAAAAGAACGCCGAUUGCGUGGCAGUUCUGUAAGCAUUUUUGCCAAGUCUACUGCUAACAGAAGGCAUGCAGUUGGAGGAUUGUCCUUACAUUGCGCAGCGCAAAAGAGAGGUCACGUUGGCAAGACAUUUUGCUCUUCCGGUGUCUGCACAUAUCCGGGAAAUGCCAUUGAUUUAUCUUCGCAUACAACAGAGGAAAAGACCGGGGUGCUUCUUUUGAAUCUCGGGGGACCAGAUACACUUCAUGAUGUUCAGCCAUUCCUGUUCAAUUUAUUUGCUGAUCCUGUAUUCUGCUAGUCUUUUUGUCCAUGUCAUUUAGAGUUUGUUUGGAAUCUGAAAAUAGAAAAUGGCAGGGAAAGAAAUAGGAGGGGAAAAUUUGAAGGAAACAAUACACUGGGUUGGUCCGAACUCAUUAAAUCAACUUUAGAUAUUUGUCCAAAUUCAUUCUAUUUGUAUAUUUCUGUUACGCUACUGGUUUGAAUCCUCAAAGCACAUUCUUGUAAAAAUGAAAGGUAAGUUGUGCCUGCAUUACCCCCUGAGGUGGGGACACUUCCCCAACCUUCAGCAAGCGGGAUAUUGGGACACAUUGUGCACUGAACGGUUCUUUAUCAUAGGUAAAGAUAUUGCAACACAUGUAGCAUUUUGAAAAAUUAUUAUCAAACAUGAUUUCUCAUUUCCCAAGUUAAACCCAAACAUUCAAAAACUAUUUCCCUUAGAAAUUUACAUUUCCCUGAUAUUUUCUGUGUUCCAAACGUAGUGUUUGUAUUUACGAGGUGAAUUUUAAAUGUGGUGGGUGCUUGGAGUUGUAUUAUGCUGAAAAUUCGCUUUUGUGGACCAGGAUAUUAUACGUCUCCCCAGGUUAUUUCAAUUCCUUCAGCGCCCAUUAGCACAACUGAUAUCUGUUCUCCGAGCUCCCAAAAGUAAGGAAGGCUAUGCUGCGAUUGGAGGCGGAUCACCUUUGCGUAGAAUUACAGAUGAGCAGGCAAAUGCAUUAAAGCUCGCAUUGAAAGAGAAGGAUGUCUCUGUUAAUGUUUAUGUUGCUAUGAGAUACUGGCACCCAUUUACUGAGGAAGCUGUUCAACAGAUUAAAAGGGACGGAAUUACAAGGCUUGUUGUGCUGCCCCUAUAUCCUCAAUACUCUAUCUCUACAACUGGAUCUAGCAUUCGUGUCCUUCAAAAUCUUUUUGGGAGUGAUCCAUAUUUGAGUAGACUGCCUGUGGCUAUCAUACAGUCUUGGUAUCAACGACAAGGUUACAUCACGUCUAUGGCUGACUUGAUUGAGAAGGAGUUGCAGAAGUUUUCUAAGCCUGACGAGGCAAUGAUAUUCUUCAGUGCGCAUGGAGUGCCUGUCAGUUAUGUUGAGGAUGCAGGUGAUCCAUACAGGGAUCAGAUGGAAGAGUGCAUUUCCCUGAUAAUGCAAGAACUGAAAGCUAGAGGAGUUAAGAACGACCAUACUUUGGCCUACCAGAGCCGAGUUGGACCGGUACAAUGGUUGAAACCAUACACUGAUGAAGUGCUUGUUGAACUUGGCCAGAGAGGCGUGAAAUCUCUGUUGGCUGUUCCAGUGAGCUUUGUGAGUGAGCACAUAGAGACACUUGAAGAGAUUGACAUGGAAUACAAGGAGUUGGCACUUGAGUCUGGGAUUGAGAAUUGGGGCCGGGUACCCGCCCUCAACUGCACCGCCACGUUCAUCACCGACCUCGCGGAUGCAGUGAUCGAAGCUCUUCCCUCCGCCACGGCAAUCUCAUCGUCGCCCAACCCCACCGGCGAAGAAGCCGACGCUACGGAUCCCCUGCGGUACAUCACCAAGUUGCUCUUCGGCUCUGUUUUGGCAUUCGUUUUGCUCCUUUCUCCAAAGAUGUUCUUGGCGUUCAGGAACCACAUCAUUUGAAGGAGGUGGGUGGGUGGGGGGGGGUUGUUGUUAAGGAAAGUGCUCUACUCUAACCCCAGGGAUAACAGUAACGUUUACACUAUCAGGUACAACCGCGCACCCGCAUUGCCCGUGGAAUUCUGACGGUGUCAACUUUGGUGUCAUUCGUGCGGUUAGUGUAGCACUUCCGGGUUGUGAAGAGGGUUCAAUCCCAUCUUAGUUUCGUUGUGGUUCUUGUAAUCAUGUGUGUGUGUGUUUUUGUCAUAGCAGUGAUAUAAAGACACAAUUGAUGAUUAAUGAGUAUAAAUUUUGUAAUAAUUGAUUGAGCUCAAUCUGCUCCGAUGUGGCAGUUGUAAGGUCACUUGUGUUGGCUUUGCACUUUUAUUUAAGAGUCAGAAAAGUGUCUAGUAUUCAAGAAUAUACGAGUUUCUAUUUUACCUUUUAGAAGAAAUAAAGUGUGUAUAU